CUCCGCAGUCAGUCAGUGUAGUUGUAGUAAGUGCAGGACGCUCUGCUGUGAUGGUCAGUGCCAGACCCUUAACAGACCUCAAUCAGAAGUCCAUCACAAUCACAACUACAAACGAACCGUCUGAGUAAUUGGAGAGCGCAAUAAAUUGACGGAGUAUACGGAAAUAAGAUUUGCUGAAGAAUCUUUUCGAGUUUUGUGGUACUAUGCCAGAAUCCAAAUGCCAUUUGGACAUUCAGCCACUUGGAUCCGAAUGACACCUGUAGCCAGCCUCCUUGCUUACCAAACACUAUGCCAACAUGCUUCACAGAAAUGGAUCUUUCUGUACGUGCCGUGGACCCCGUGAGGAGGGAUCUCUGAGUGUCUAGUGCCAUCAUCAUCCCCCAGCUAUUACUCUCAUUCUCGGCAUCUCUUCAGCUCCACCUGUACGUUAGUGUUCACUGGGAUUUCAGGAGCAUAAGCAGCCGUCAUCACUGAUCUCAUCCUCAGCCCAAAGGUUACGACGACACUGUUUGACGAUGGCACAGCUUUUGUAUGUCACUGUGGUUUUGGCCACAGUCUGCUUGCUUCUGAGGCUCUGUGCUGGAGCGGGUCAGAAUCCUGACCAUGUGCUACAGGGCACUGGAGUGAAGCCUGGCUCAGACUCCAGAAGGCCCAGGGGCGACUCUACUCUGGCACCAGAGGAUGCUGCCCGCUUCCUCAGCUGCCACUGCUCAGGACACUGCCCUGAUGACGCCAAGAACAACACCUGCGAGACAAAUGGGCAGUGCUUCGCCAUCAUUGAGGAAGAUGAAAACGGAGAUGUGAUCUUAAGCUCAGGCUGUAUGAAAUAUGAGGGCUCUCACUUUCAGUGCAAGGAUUCACAGUUUGCACAGACACGCCGAACCAUCGAAUGCUGCCAGUUUGACUUUUGUAAUCGAGACCUAAAGCCAGAGUUACCGCCUCGAGACACUGAACCACCAGACCCUCACUGGCUGGCUUUCCUCAUUUCAGUGACUGUGUGCUUCUGCACCCUCAUCUGUGUCACUGUCAUCUGUUAUUACAGGUAUAAGUGGCAGACAGAGAGGCAACGCUACCACAGAGACCUGGAGCAGAACGAGGCCUUUAUCCCAGCUGGAGAAUCUCUGAAAGAUCUCAUCAACCUUUCUCAAACCUCAGGCAGUGGCUCCGGGCUCCCCCUGCUGGUGCAGCGCACCAUUGCGAAGCAGAUCCAGACAGUGCGUCUUAUUGGAAAAGGCAGGUAUGGAGAGGUGUGGCUCGGCCGGUGGAGGGGGGAGAAGGUAGCAGUGAAAGUGUUCUUCACUCGAGAGGAGGCCAGCUGGUUCAGGGAGACAGAGAUCUACCAAACCGUGCUCAUGAGACACGAGAACAUACUAGGCUUCAUUGCUGCUGACAUUAAUGGCACUGGAGCAUCUACGCAGCUGUACCUGAUCACAGACUACCAUGAGAACGGCUCUCUGUAUGACUAUUUGAAGUUCACUACUCUGGACUCGCAGGCCCUGCUCAAACUGACCUAUUCUGCAGCCUGUGGCUUGUGCCACCUGCACACGGAGAUCUACGGCACACAGGGAAAACCAGCCAUCGCUCACAGAGACCUGAAGAGCAAGAACAUCCUCAUAAAGAAAAAUGGCACCUGUUGCAUCGCUGACCUCGGGCUUGCUGUCAAAUUCAACAGUGACACAAAUGAAGUGGACAUCCCACUGAGCACACGUAUGGGGACCCGACGCUAUAUGGCUCCAGAGGUCCUGGAUGAGACUCUGAAUAAGAACCACUUCCAGGCCUACAUCAUGGCGGACAUCUACAGUUAUGGGCUGGUUAUAUGGGAAAUGGCCAGACGCUGUGUCACUGGAGGUAUUCACUGGCAAAUCUUUUUUGUUUUGCUUUAUACUUUAGACUUUAUACUUAUAGAUUUUUGAUAACACUUUAAUAUA